AAAAAGUAUUAUGAUUCCGAAUGAUGUAAACUAUGGGAGCGGGAAUUAUUACGUUCCCUAUUCUAACAUUCCAAACACGGUUAAUCAGCCUUAUGUCGAACUUCAUAAUUACGCUACAAGCCAACCAAGAACCUACGAGGGACAACAAGCUCAAUCAAAUUUUACGAAUACAGCAAAUCAGUUUGUCCCGGAACCUAACUAUGUGAAUGUUCCUAGCCAAAAUCCGAACCCUCUGUCUCAAUCUGGCGUUUCUUCAGGGACUCAACCAACAAAGUCCAUUCCGGUGAAUAGUCAGAUUCCUUUUGCUCAGCCUGUUGGAAACCAGAUGCCCACUGCUGCUCCCUAUUCGAACGGAGCGACUUACUCUUACAUUCCCUCAAACAAUUAUGUAGACGUUACUUACAACGGAUUUGACUCCUCUCGGUCAAAUAGAGUGUACCUUAUGCGACAGCCAAAGCUUAGUGCAGCCCCUACGAGAGUUGUUUGUCCAUUUUGUCACGAGUAUAUCUUAACUCGUACCACGGGUGGUUCCUUAUGGUGGGGAAUAGUUCCUUUCUUUUGCUUCUUCUUUGUUGCCAUGAUACUAAUACCUUUGGUUAUGAGCCAUACGGAAAGUGAUCUUCUGUUUUCUCUGUUCCCUGUCAUUUUCUUUGGCCUUUUCUUUUUCAUGGCUGGAUUUAUUGUUUGGAAGAGCUUCAAAACAAAACAUUACUGCCCGAAGUGCCAGAAUUUUAUUGGAAAGCCUGGAGAUGUGAUCCCAAUGUGAUUCCCUUCUGAAAUGUCACACCUUCUAAAGUGUU